AUGACUCAAUUCUCCUACGACAACUGUAGCUACUACGACAACAACUGUAGAUCCUAUGACAAUAACUGUAGCUCCUACGACAACCAAUGCAGCUCUUCCUACAACUGUAGGUCCUACGACCACUACACCAGCUGCACCUACUACAACAACCACAACCUCAGCACCUUCUACGACAGCCACUGCAGCUCCGACUACAACAACUGUAGCUCCAAUGACCACGACAACUUCAGCACCUACUUCGACAACCACUGCAGCAUCUACUACAACAACUGUUGCUCCUACGACAACCACAAUCGCAGCUCCUACUACAACUUUAGAUACUGCAACCACUACAACAGAUCACCUACUACGACAACUACAACCGAAGCUGCUACGACAACCACAACUUCAGCGCCUACUACGACUACUACAACAUCUACUACGACAACUACAACACCUACUACGACAACCACAACACCUACUACGACAACCACAACUGUAGCUCCUACGACAACCACAACUUCAGCUCCAACGACAACAACUGUAGCUCCUACGACAACCACAACUUCAGCUCCAACGACAACAACUGUAGCUCCUACGACCACCACAACUGCAGCACCUACAACAACAACUGUAGAUCCUACGACCACAACUACACCACCUACUUCAACAACCGCUGCAGCAUCUGCUAAAAUAACUACAACUGACGCUCCUACAACAACAUCUGUAGGUGCUAUAACCACUACAACUGCAGCACCCACUUCAACAACUACAACUGAAGCUCCUACGACAACCACAACUUCAGCGCCUACUACAACACCUACUACGACAACUACAACACUUACUACGACAACCACAACUGUAGCUUCUACGACAACCACAACUGCUGCUCCAACAACAACAACUGUAGCUCCUACGACCACUACAACUACAGCACCUACUUCAACAACCACUGCAGCUCUUACAACCACGACACCAGCAGCAGCUACUUCGACAACUACACAUGCAGUUCCUACAACAACUGAAGCACCUACGAUAACCACAACACCUACUACGACCAUAACAACAACAGCAGCACCUAUAACAACUGUAGCUUCUACGACGACAACUAAAAAUCCUACCACUACAACUGCACUCCUACGACAACCAAAACUGCAGCUCCAACUACAACAACUCCCCUACUACGACAACUACAACCGAAGCUGCUACGACAACCACAACUUCAGCGCCUACUACGACAACUACAACACCUACAACACUUACUACGAAAACCACAACACCUACUACGACAACCACAACUGUAGCUCCUACGACAACCGCAACUGCUGCUCCAACGACAACAACUCAGCACCUAUAACAACUGUAGCUUCUACGACGACAACUCUCUAUCCUACUACCACUACAACUGCAGCAACUACUACGACAUCCACAACACCUACAACGACAUCCACAACUGUAACUCCUACGACAACCACAGCUGUAGCUCCUACGACCACCACAACUGCAGCACCUACAACGACAACUGUAGCUCCUACGACCACAACUACACCAGCUACUUCAACAACCGCUGCAGCAUCUGCUAAAAUAACUACAACUGUUGCUCCUACGACAACAUCUGUAGCUCCUACGACCACCACAACUGCAGCACCUACAACUACAACUGUUGCUCCUACGACAACAUAUGUAGCUCCUACGACCACUACAACUGCAGCACCUACUUCAACAACCACUGCAGCUCUUACAACCACGACACCAGCAGCAGCUACUACGACAACUACAACUGCAGUUCCUACAACAACAACAACUGAAGCUCCUACGAUAACCACAACACCUACUACGACUAUUACAACAGCAGCACCUAUAACAACUGUUGCUUCUACGACAACAACGAUAUAUCCUACUACCACUACAACUGCAGCAACUACUUUGACAAUCACUACAGCUCCAACUACAACAUCUGUAGCUCCUACGACCACUACAACUGCAGAACCUACUUCAACAACCACUGCAGCUCCUACUUCAACAACCACUGCAGCUCCUACUUCAACAACCACUACAGCUCCUUCUUCAACAACCAUUGCAGCUCCUACUUCAACAACCACUGCAGCUCUUACUGCAACAACCACUGCAGUUCCUACUUCAACAACCACUGCAGCUCCUACUUCAACAACCAUUGCAGCUCCUACUUCAACAACCACUGCAGCUCCUACUUCAACAACCACUGCAGCUCCUACUUCAACAACCACUGCAGCUCAUACAACCACUACAACAGCAACAACCACAACACCUACUACGACAACCACAACUAUAGCUCCUACAACAACCACAACUGCUGCUCCAACGACAACAACUGUAGCUCCUACGACAACCACAACUGCUGCUCCAACGACAACAACUGUAGCUCCUACGAUCACUACAACCGCAGCACCUACUUCAACAACCACUGCAGCUCUUACAACCACGACACCAGCAGCAUCUACUUCGACAACUACACAUGCAGUUCCUACAACAACUGAAGGACCUACGAUAACCACAACACCUACUACGACCAUUACAACAGCAGCACCUAUAACAACUGUAGCUUCUACGACGACAACUCUCUAUCCUACUACCACUACAACUGCAGCACCUACAACUACAACUGUUGCUCCUACGACAACAUCUGUAGCUCCUACGACCACUACAACUGCAGCACCUACUUCAACAACCACUGCAGCUCUUACAACCACUACACCAGCAGCACCUACUACGACAACUACAACUGAAGCUCCUCUGAUAACCACAACACCUACUACGACUAUUACAACAGCAGCACCUAUAACAACUGUUGCUUCUACGACAACAACGAUAUAUCCUACUACCACGACAACUGCAGCAACUACUUUGACAAUCACUACAGCUCCAACUACAACAUCUGUAGCUCCUACGACCACUACAACUGCAGAACAUACUUCAACAACCACUGCAGCUCCCACUUCAACAACCACUGCAGCUCCUACUUCAACAACCAUUGCAGCUCCUACUUCAACAACCACUGCAGCUCCUACUUCAACAACCACUGCAGCUCCUACUUCAACAACCAUUGCAGCUCCUACUUCAACAACCAUUGCAGCUCCUACGACCACUACAACUGCAGCUCCAACUACAACAACUGUAGCUCCUACGACCACCACAACUGCAGCACCUACAACGACAACUGUAGCUCCUACGACCACAACUACACCAGCUACUUCGACAACCGCUGCAGCAUCUGCUAAAAUAACUACAACUGUUGCUCCUACGACAACAUCUGUAGCUCCUACGACCACUACAACUGCAGCACCUACUUCAACAACCACUGCAGCUCUUACAACCACUACACCAGCAGCACCUACUUCGACAUCUACAAAUGCAGUUCCUACAACAACGACAACUGACACUCCUACGAUAACUACAACACCUACUACGACUAUUACAACAGCAGCACAUAUAACAACUGUAGCUUCUACGACAACAACGAUAUAUCCUGCUACCACGACAACUGCAGCAACUACUUUGACAAUCACUACAGCUCCAACUACAACAUCUGUAGCUCCUACGACCAUUACAACUGCAGAACCUACUUCAACAACCACUGCAGUUCCUACAACCACUACAACAGAAGCACCAACUACGACCACUACAAAUGCAGAUCCUACGACAACCACAACUGAUACUCCUACUACAACUUUAGAUACUACGACCACUACAACAGCAGCACCUACAACGACAACUGUAGCUCCUACGACAACCACAACAGCAGCACCUACAAAAACAACUGUAGCUUCUACGGCAACAAAUUUAUCCCCAACCACUACAACCUCCUAUGACCACUACAACUGCAACACCUACUUCAACAACCACUGCAGCACCUGUUACGACAAUUACAACCGAAGCUCCUACAACAACUACAACUGCAGCACCUACUACGGCAACUACAUCUGCAGCACCUACUAUGACAACUACAUCUGCAGCACUUACUACAACAAUUACAACUGCAGCUCCAACUACAACAACUGUAGCUCCUACGACCACCACAACUACACCACCUACUUCGACAAUCAAUGCAGCACCUGCUAUAAUAACUACAACUGA